AUGGCGAUGGCAACCACACGGCUGCUGCGAUCUUACGGAGAAGAGUGUCGAUUCAACGUAAGUGAUUUUCUGGAGAGGAGUCGGAAUAGGAGGAUAGUGUCUGUCGGAGAUUCCAUCGGAAGAAACCAAUGGGAGUCUCUUUUGUGUAUGCUUUCACAAGCUGCUUCUAACGAAUCUGAGAUAUAUGAAGUUAAUGGGAACCCUAUAACCAAGCACAAGGGUUUCCUUUCGAUGCGGUUUCCAGAACAUAACCUAACCGUUGAGUAUCAUAGAACCUCGUUUCUUGUCGUGAUUGGUCGGCCACCUGAGAACUCACCGGAAGAUGUCAGAAUGACGGUUAGAGUCGAUGAGUUUAACUGGCAGUCAAAAAGAUGGGUCGGGUCUGAUGUUUUGAUCUUUAACACAGGACAUUGGUGGAACGAGGACAAAACCUUUAACGCAGGUGUCUUUUUUCAGGAGGGGGGAAUGGGACCAGGGUCGGAUAUGGAUCCGGCCCUGAAUGGGACAUGGAACUUGGGUGGUUUGUGUGAUGCAGAGACAGAGCCAGAGAUUGAUAUGAAGAAGAUGGAAUCUGAUCCUGUCCACAACAGUUAUAUCUCUAAAGUAUUGCAAGAAAUGAGAUAUGAAUAUUGUAGGGUUAAGUUUAUGAACAUUACAUAUCUGGCUGAGUUCAGGAAAGAUGGUCAUCCUUCAAGGCAUCGUGGUCCCGAUGUUCCUGAAAAUGCUCCUCAAGAUUGUAGUCACUGGUGCUUGCAUGAGAAUGAGAUUCUCUAUCCGCAGCUAUUGGCAAUGAAUUACCAAACAAAAUGA